GCAGUCACAUCACAAAACAGACCUACAACACCAAACCAAACUCACCACCUCCGACACCAUGAGCUACUACGGCAGCUGCUACGGAGGCCUCGGCUACGGCUAUGGAGGCUUUGGUGGCCUGGGUUCUGGCUGUGGCUGUGGAUGGGGCUGCUUCCACAGACUGGGCUACGGCUGUGGUUAUGGAGUCUACGGAUACGGCUCUGGCUGUGGAGGCUACGGAUAUGGCUGCUAUCGGUCCCUGUUACUAUGGAAGAUACUGGUCUUCUGGGUUCUACUGAAUGAAUCUUUAAAACUUUACAAUUUGUGGACUUAG